AUGCGGCUUCUAAAUGCACAUACGCUGGAAUUCAAAAAGGUCUCCGAUAACAAAGUCCCCAAGUACGCAAUAUUAUCUCAUACUUGGCUAGAUGAAGAAGACGAAGUAUCUUUUCAUGAGUUCAAUCAACCCGACGCAAUCAAAAAACCCGGAUAUCAGAAAAUCGAGUCAUUCUGCGAGCUUGCCAUCGCCAGCGGCUACAGCUAUGUCUGGAUCGACACCUGCUGCAUCGACAAGGCGAGCAGCGCUGAACUGUCAGAAGCUAUCAAUUCUAUGUUCAGGUGGUAUGAGCGAUCGGCCGUCUGCUUUGCGUAUCUCCCAGACGUUUCUGAGGCAUCGGAGCAUCUUUUGGCGGAAUUCGAGUAUAGCCGCUGGUUCACACGGGGGUGGACUCUGCAAGAAUUACUAGCACCUAAACUGGUCCUCUUCGUUGGGGCGAACUGGAAGGUCUUCGGAAACCGGGACUCUCUGGCUUAUCCAAUUAGUAGUAUCACGCGCAUUGAGAGCCGUUAUCUGACUUCACGUGCCGCCGAGUUGCACUACCGCGCAUCGGAUAAGCCGUAUUACGAUGCCGGUGAGGGCCACUUCGAGCGAAUGGACAAGAUCCAUGCGGCUACUGUGGCUGAGAAGUUGAGUUGGGCGGCAACGCGCGAGACCACUAGAAGCGAAGAUAUAGCCUACUGUUUGUUAGGGUUGUGUGAAGUUAAUAUGCCUCUCUUGUACGGGGAAGGCUCGAACGCAUUCCUUCGGCUACAAGAAGCAAUUAUUCGUCAAAAGUUCGAUCCGACCCUGUUCGCAUGGAAUGUGGUUAUUGAAAAUGAAGAGGGACAGAGGACUUUAAGGCCAGAGAAACCUGUCCCUUCUUCGAAAUGGAAAUCGGCUGGCAAAGUUUUACUCGGUAUAGAUAAUCCCUGGAGACACCGCAACGGCGAUGAAUUUCGAUUGUUGAACUUUACGUGCCCAAAGAUUCUGGCACCGAGUCCUCUCUGCUUUUCAGGGUGCACCGAUUAUAUCAACAUGCAAGUUAGUCUGGACUGGGAUCUGACUAGUAGAGGAUUUUCUAUUAGCCUCCCCGCUUCUAUGAACACGAACCCAUGCAUGCUGCUCCCAUGCCAUAGAAAGGACGAUCCGUGGCAUCUUAUAGGAAUCCCCCUCGAUAGCUACCCUGGCGGGCUAUUCGACCGCGCAGCCGCCCCUAUUGACUAUCAGAUGGCAUGGGGUGCGAAUGGCCUAAUCGAAGGGUCAAUCAGCCACUAUUUCGGUUAUUGA